UCUGGCUGAAGCCUUCUGACGGCCUUUCGUCUUCUACCUUGCUCUCGCCCUCCUACUCGACCACAGAUACUUCGCGCCAGUCCUGGGUCCGACAAGUCAACGAGGUACGUAUUGUUGUUUUCGAUACUAACCACAGCGAAGAAGGCAUAGUCUGUGUCUUUCGAUAUCUAGCAGGUCCACAAGAUUCAGUCGGGUUCCUUUGAUAUCGCUCUGCAUCCCAGAAAUCUCUCUGCAGCGGGAAUAUUGUCAUCCAAGGCACUCAACACGUGAAGAUCAUCUUUCUCAUAUCAGUCUAUCACGACUCAAUAUCAAGAUGCGCGCGUCAAACUCUCUUGUUGCGGCCUUCGCAUGCCUGGCUCAGAUCGGGAUUGCCGAAGCAGCUUUGUCUUUCACCCAAUGGCCCUCGGUCAUUCAUGCUGGCCAGCCUACCACUCUGAAGUGGCAGACGGACUCGGAUGCUCCCGUGACCGUCACACUGCGGAAGGGCAAUUCUCAGAACUUGGACACCGUCCAGACCCUGGCAAGCAAUGCCCAGGGAGGCUCCUUCACCUGGACUCCGGACUCGACGAUAGAGAACGGCGACGACUAUGCCUUCCAGAUCCAGCAGAACGGCUAUGUGAACUACUCGGGGCUUUUACAGGUCACCGACGGGUCCCCAGCUACCCCAGCUACCAAGGCUGCGUCCACCCCAGUCCUCAAACCCAGCCCAACAACGCUGGUAGCCUCGGUUGUCCCUCCAGCUCCUAGCCCUGCAGCCCCGACCGCAACUGCAUACCCCACCGACACAGCCCCUCACGAUGAGAUGCAGACAGUCCAGAAGGGCAAUGAUGGCCAGACUUUCACCGUCAAUGCCGCCAACGACCCCAGUGCGAAUGCAGCCGGAGCCGCCAACAGCAAGACUGCUAUGGCUGCUUAUAUGCAGAGUGGUGCUGCCUCUGUUCGCGCGACGGGAAUGGGCUUCGUGUUGGGUGCUCUCGCCAUGGUGGUUUACCUCGUCUAGUAGACUUGGACGAACUUCCCGGGUGCGCUUGGCAGACAUCGAACUUUGUUCUACUUGGUUGUCAGAACUUGGUUCGUGUGUGCCUAGGUUAAUCGUUCUUCUUCAGAUCAACUCGCAUGAGACCGAGCGGUGCUGGGAUUGCUCUGGGCGACAGGCGUUGG